AUGUCCAAUCUGGCAACGGGUAGUAAGAAAAUGACAUCAAUGGAGCAAACGUCCCCUAAAGUUAACAUCGAUGGUACCCGUAGUGUGACGGGUAAUGAAGAAUACUUCCCUGACAUACUUCUGGUCAACGACCCUUCCGGCGCCACUAUAAGCAGUAUUCCACUGCCUAGGCAUCAGCCGCGUAGGCCACCUGUACGGUAUAAACGCGGAAGAAGCGAAGCGGAAGCGAAACACACUGAGGAGGAUCAAGGAACAUGUGGAUGGAAGACGGGCACUAGAGACGAGAUCCGAAUGCUUCUCGCUAAUGCUCCGCCUUCUCCAUGCGGACUUUGUGCAGAGCUCGCUUUACACGCGCAACAUUCUGCGACAGCUAGGUCCUCUCGACAUACGACCAUCGGAGCGUUCGCUGGAGAGGCCAAGUUUUUAGGAUUAUUGAUUUUAGAGAGGGGAGUGUUUGGGCCGUGUUGGAGGAAGACACGGACCACCGACUAUUUCGACGAGAGAAGAAAUGACCGAGCCCAGGUCGUGGAGAAAUUGGUAGAGGCUAGAUGUGUACUUAAUGCACCUUUCGAGAUCCAGAGAACAGCGGAGGAAGUGAUGAAACUGGAGAUGGAGAAGGGAACAGAAAUUGCGCCAAAGCGUCACGAGAAAGCAAACAAAUCAGGGAAGAGUACGAGAGACAAGUUCGGCGUCCGUGAGGAAGAAUCUAUCGAUUUUGGUGAUCUCGGCGCGGAGUUCGGGAAGGAUGAUACGUUUCGAAUAGCGUUGGUCGAAGACGCGGAGCAGGACCUGAUUGACGGGUGCGGCGAGCCAAGGACUUCGCCUGACAAUCGCAUUGAGGAGUACGACACUUAGAGUUCCGACGUCAUUGCUACUCGUCGAAUACUUGGUUAGAGAUUGAGAAUCUUCACCGAGGC